UCUGACAUAAGACUUCCACUUUGAUUUGAUUCAAUGCAAGCGGGUAGCGGUUGCAAUGCAAUCUGUAUAAAUAUUGCUUGAAUUAUCAUACAAAAUACAUAAGCUUUACAUUGAUAAGGUCCCACAUUAAGCAGAAAGAUGACUUUCUUCGAAGACACUUUAAUAAUCCUGAUUUCCCAGACGGUGUUCUUCGUCGGCGGUUGGAUAUUCUUCGUGAAACAACUGUUUCGCGACUAUGAAGUUCAUCACACGCUGGUGCAGUUAAUUUUUUCAGUGACCUUCGCAUUAAGCUGCACUAUGUUUGAAUUGAUUAUAUUUGAGAUCAUAGGAUACUUGGACUCAAGUUCCCGCUACUUUCACUGGAACCUAGGACUGUACUCCUUACUGUUCAUGGUGAUUGCCCUGCUACCAUUUUACAUUGCGUACUUCUGUAUCAGCAACAUCAGAUUUGUGUCCCAGAACAUGAUAAGGCCACUAACAGUAUUUGUGUGGUUCAUAUAUCUCUAUUUCUUCUGGAAAAUAGGUGACCCAUUCCCUAUAUUGAGUCCAAAACAGGGUAUAUUUUCGAUAGAGCAAGGUGUGUCACGAAUAGGCGUCAUUGGAGUGACUGUGAUGGCUCUCCUCUCUGGGUUCGGUGCUGUUAACUAUCCAUACACCUCUAUGGCUAUAUUUAUAAGGCCUGUAACCCAAGCCGAUGUCCUAUCAAUAGAGAAGAAAUUACUUCAAACAAUGGACAUGAUAUUGGUGAAAAAGAAAAGGAUAGCACUAGCAGAAGCUAACAACGUUGGAGGGAGACAGCAAUACGGCUUGUUGGACCAAGCAAAUAAAAACAAGGGGUUUUGGACGAAUAUUUUGUCGAGUGUUGGCAACAUCGCCAACCCACUUAGUCAUAGCUCAGAGAACAUAACCCAACUCCGCCAAGAGAUCGCCGCGCUGGAAGAGCUAAGUCGGCAGUUGUUUCUAGAAGCCCACGAUGCUAGAACGGCGCGAGAGAAGGCCGACUGGUCCAAAACCUUCCAGGGGAAGUACUUUAACUGUCUCGGUUACUUCUUCUCGCUUUACUGCAUUUGGAAGAUAUUCAUUUCAACAAUAAACAUAGUGUUCGACCGCGUGGGCAAGAAAGACCCGGUGACCCGCGGGCUGGAGCUGGUCGUCCAUUGGCUCGGGCUCAGCAUCGACGUGGCCUUCUGGUCCCAGCACGUGUCCUUCAUCCUCGUCGGCUGUAUCGUGCUCACCAGCAUACGCGGCCUACUGCUCACUCUCACUAAGUUCUUCUACGCGAUAUCAUCAUCGAAGUCAUCCAAUAUCAUCGUGCUAAUACUAGCUCAGAUCAUGGGCAUGUACUUUUGUUCAUCAGUCCUACUAAUGCGAAUGAACAUGCCACCAGAAUACCGCAUCAUCAUCACCCAAGUGUUGGGUGACCUGCAGUUUAAUUUCUAUCAUAGAUGGUUUGACGUAAUAUUCUUAGUUAGCGCGCUUACGAGUAUAUUCACGUUGUAUUUAGCGCAUAAGCAGCCCUCGGUCAGCUAGCUUGGCUGGUAGGCUACCUAUGUUAUUUAUUUAUAAGUCGGCAGCAAAUGUUUAACUUAAGGUGACAGUCCAUUUCCAACGACAGCUGCACUACUGUUCAUUUUACUAUGGAAAUUGACAAUGACAGCGACGCGUUCAGUACCGGUAGUUAUACGCUUAGAAAUUUCAGGACAUGGGCUGUUAUCGUUAUGUGGGUAUUUUGACUGUAAGAGAAGUAAAUGAUACCGACACUGACUAUGUAGAUAGUUUGAGAAGCCACUGAACUGAAGUUUGGUUAAUAAUUUAAGUUUCUUGUACAUAUACAAUAGAAAAUCGGCUAAAAAUCAAUUUAUACUGUUAGUUACUCGUACUUUGCAUAAUAUUACCAGGUUAAGGAAUAUAUUUCCCACAUACGGCACUUCAAACUGUGUUCUAUUUUCGAUCAGUAAGACUGACAUUUGAUUAAGCUUCGAAUAAAUUUAAAAAUGGAAAAAAGUACUGUCUUGGGUGAGACUUGAACUCACGGCCUCUGAAUCGAUACUCCAGCGCUCUGCCAUCUGAGCUACCAAGACCUCAUCCCUAGCCAGCAAAUCUUUCCACCAUAUUAUAGGUCAAGGGGACCCUUAGCGACAUCUACCACUUUCCACUUUUAAAUUUAUUCGAAGCUUAAUAGCAUCGUUCGCAGACGUUUCUGCUUGUUAAAAAUUAAAAUUGACAUUCGAUUGUCAGUUUUAAACUGUCAGCCUGGUAAAGGGUUAAAUUCACUUCUCAGAGCAAAAGCAACCAUAUAGGUACCUAAUAAAGUAGCAAAUAAGAUUGCUUGAUUGUUGUUAAGCAAAUUUUUCUUAGUGAUCGCAUAAAAUCAGAGAUUACCGCAUUAUGUUCAGACAAGUGCUGGGUAACUUGCAAUUUAACUUUUAUUACCGUUGAUGUUCCUACCCCCGUAUUCAUAAACGUUUACUAAAGUUGACAAGCCGAUAAUAAUCGUUUGUCCCUUUCCGACGUAUUGGUAUGAUGGAUAAGGACAAGCGAUUAUUAUCAGUUUGUCAACUUCAGUAAACGUUUAUGAAUAAGGGGGCUAGUCAACACAUUUACGAACGCUACAAUUGAGCACUUUCAUUUGAUUUUAUAAAAGUAAGGGCCAGUUGCACCAACCACAUUUGACAGACUGAUCAACGUCAGCCGGCGCACCCCGGCGCUUUACUAUUAAACUUUCCAUACGUAAAAAUUUAGCGAACUCUUUAA